CGAUUUGAAGCACCAAACCAAUCAGUACAAACGCGGUCCAGUGGCCAAAUGUGAUUCGCAUAUGCCUUAAUCAUAAUAAACACUACCUACCGGAGUCAUCACAAUGCCAUUAGAUUGUUAAGUAAUCCCAGUCAUGAGUGGACCACAGCAGCCAGGAGACUCGGGAGGAGCACCCCCAAGCGCCGCCGGGGAUUCGGGCAAUCGGCCGUCAGGGAGUGCCACCGGCGGAGGAUCUGGAUCUGGACACUCGGGUUCCCGGUCUCGCGGCCCAAGUCCCAGCAACUGGCGACAGAACAACUCAAUGAAAUAUAAUUCGCGACCCUGGAAUCGAGGCCGUGCGGACAGUGGUCCUUAUAACAAUAGAGUGUGGACCAAUUAUAAUCAAAGGCAUUCGCCAUACCCGCGUUCAAACUACGGAAAUCGAGAGCAUUCGGAUAGUCACAGUUCAAAUCAGCAACGCCAGGAGAGAGAUUAUUCUAAGAGAACUGAUUUUCAUGAGAGGAAACCUAGAUAUUCCGAUGAAGGCUACUCUGGGAGGUACCGAGAUUAUCACUACAGGGACAGGGACAGGGAUAGGGACCAUUACCACAGAUAUCAGUCAAGGAGGUCGCCUUAUCGUAGGGAUGAACGUGAUUCAAGUCUAAGUCGAGAUAGUUUCUCUAAAUCGCCUUAUAAUAAUGACGAAACGGGUUCAAGUCUAAGCAAAAAUCCAAGUGACACUAGACGAAAUAUUGAACAUAACUGUGAACGGGAAAGUGACACUUCUAAAGCUCAAGAACCUCAAGAUCAGGAUCAAACUGAAGACGUAAUAACUGAACACGUGCAAAAUAAAGAUCAAAUAGCAAGCAAAGACCACGCAAGUGAAAUAAGUACAGUUGCGUCAAAACGUGAUCAAAGCACAGAAACCAAUGGGUUGAAAGAAGGCUCCACUGCUACCGAGCCAGUCAAUGAAUCUAAAGCUUCUGAGUUAAUAGAGAGAACUCCCACUCAAGAGCAGAAGGAAUCAGAUCAAAGCGCAGAAGAACUACCAACUAUCAGUCGAUUCCUAAUAGAGAAACUAAAUCUCUCCAAUGAGAAUGCUUCGUGUUCGGAGGCUGCUCAAUCAUAUCCCCGUAUUACUGUGCGUCCCCUCACGGAGCUACUGAAGCAGGAACUCUUUGCAGUAACCCAAGAGAAUCUUCUGGGCAAGAAACCUUCUCUGAGUCCCGCCAGUCCUGGUCGCCUGGCUGUUAAACCCACCCUCCGAAAUCGUCGAAGGACAGUAAGUAACUGUAAUCACAUAGCCGGGAGUACUAGUAAUGCCGAAGACAAUGAAGCAAUCAUCAAUGAUCGGAUUGCUAGCAUGGACAAGGAGAGUCUGAAGUACAUAAUCAACAAUGGCGACACCAUCUACGAACAACACUUACAGCUCCAGGCCAGGCGACGUUUACGCGACGAGAUCCGUCGACAGCUAAAGACCAUCGAAUUGGAUCAGCCCAAGGAUAAUCAGGUGAAGGAACUGGUCGAGGAUGAAAUAGUAGAUGCCAUCAAAUUGCCCGAGCUUCUGCUGCAGGAGAUCGGAAAGUGUUUCGGCAUAGACAUAUCAGAAGGUCAAAAAGUCCAAGAUUCUAAGGAAGAUACAACGUCGAGUAAAAACAGCGAGGAAAAUCCCAGCCCAGUCAAAGAAAGUGAAGGCUCUGAAAAGGAAACUUUCAAGAGUGCAGAAGGUUCAGAAGAAUCUGUAGCGGUCAGUAAAGAAAUAAAAACGGGUGUUAAGAAGACUAAGAAGACUAUCAAAGAUAGCAACCAGUGCAUUAAGGAUAAGAAACUUCAAAAGAAAGGGCAGAUCAAUCAUCAAAACCAAGAAGAUAAUCCAGAAAAUGGUAUAAAAUCCAAAAGGGGCAGAAAAAAGGUCUUACAAGAAAACAAUAAAAAGAAAAGCCCUAAAAAGAAAUUAAAGGAAGCCUUUCAAGGAAAAGGGAAAAAUAAGAAAAAUAUUGGUGCAGAGAUCCCCCAGUCAAAUCCUCAAGAAGAAGCUCUCACAGAACCCACGGAACCCUUUAAUUCUAUGAAGAGGUCCAUGGAUUUGAUGGCAAGGCUGAAGGCAGCCGAUGAGGUCAAAACUUUGGCGGGCUUACGAAAGAAUCGUCCGCCCUUGUUGCCAACCCCAACAUUUGGAAGAAUUACCAAUAUCGCUGAAGAAAUAAAUAUUAAGAGUGAGGACCCCAAACCUAGUGAACCCGUAACAAAAAAAAUAAGGAACACUUCUGAAAAGGAAAUCACUUCUGUAGUUUCUCCUCCAGUGAAUAUUACUCCCAUCAAAAUGGAAAUAAAACGGGAAUCUAGCAGCUCACCAAUCACAGUGCAACCAUUACCUUCUAAAGAUGUUAUUGACCUCCUGAGCUCUUCUGAUGAAGAGGAGGAAGAUCAUGGCGUUGUAGAUAUGGACUUGGAUGAAUCUGAGCAAGAAAUCGUUACCCCAAACAUUGAUCAGAUGUUAGAGGUAGUACUAGAACCUGAACCUCCGACCGUGGAUGAUGCCGCCAGUGAUCAUUCCACAAGCUCCCAGUGCAGCAGUGAAUCCACAAAAAGGCGCCGUAAGCUGAAACUCCAGAACGAUGCAGAAAAUGUGGUCGACAGCUUCGAGAAACUGAUUCUACCCCAUCUGCGAGAGGCUCUCACCGAUCGCUAUCGUCGCAAUUUUUCAACAAAUCUACAGAGCCGCCUGCACUUUAUCUCCUGUGUGGUAACAAGCUCCGAGCACAAUUCUCAGACAUUUAGUAAAAUCGAGAUAGCCAAGAUGCAGAUGAAUCUCAAAGCAGCCGACAAUCGCCAGGCUAUCGAAUUUCUCCUCCGGGAGAUCGUUAACGUGGUAAACUUGCAGAAACAGCGACGUCGAGAGCAGGAGGAUGAGCAAAAGCUUGCGCAGUUGUUAAGCCCCAAAAAACCAGUAUCCCCAGUUGAGGAAACGCCCAAGGCGUCAUCGUCAUCAUCACCGCCUGACCGGCAGAGUACCCCAGUUUCAGUUAGUCGCCAGAGUCCUCCAACUUCAUCCGCUCGCCAGACUUUACCAGUAAUGGACUCCUCCGCCCCAACAACUUUACCCCAGACUGCCCGUGAAAAUCCUUCCGAGCCCUUUCCCGUUGGACUGCCAUUCUUGGCCAUGGAUCCCAGCCUAUCCCAUUUUUCGGCCGGUGGCUAUUCUAGCAUGCUGGCUGGAGGAGGGAAGACAAGCGAACCUUUGGGCCACUUGGGCGAUAUGGUUGCUCAGAAUCUGGUUGAUAUCGAUCGCCGUCUGCUGGAAAACCAAAACCGUCGCAGCAUUCUCGAGGAGAUGAUAAUGAAAUUUCAGAAGGAGAAAUCUGAUCUGGAGAUGCUUAGUCUAGAGCUGCAGAGUCGCAAGUUUCUGCUGAUUAACUCGAUGAUUUCCCGAGGUCAGGCAUCUUCUGUGCCAGUCGUCAAGCCAAGAAAUUCACCGCCUCCAGCUGAAUCAACUCAGGAAUCAACGCAGGAGGAGAGUUCUAACAAGGGAGCGAUUGCCAGGCGAACUAGAAGUAGAACCAGAUUGAGAAGACCUAUGGUAGUGAAACUGUUGCCCAAACGUCAGGCCAGAAUACAGAAAAAAGUGGUCAAAAGGCAGAAGUCGGGCGAACUGAUAGCGCAAUUGCAGCAAGAGAUGGCUGAUCAGGAGGAGUGUAAUAAGACGAAGGAGCAGCAAGCCAAGGAAAAGGAAUCUGAAGAGAGCCUUCAAUCAAAUAUCAAGGAAGAGCCAGUGGAUGAGUCAAUAGCUGAUACCUCGCCCAAACUUUCGCAAUCGCGUCUCAGUAAACCGAAAGCCAGUGUUACAGUUAAUCCGACCCAUCAACCACUGGCUAUAAUACCACCGCUACCACCACCACCACCGCCACCAGAACCCAUCUGUCACAUGUCCUACGAAGCUCCCAGCUCCUUUCUCAAGGAACCACCGUACGAACUUGAACAACACUGGUCAGAACUCGACUCCAAAGAGCAGUGCAGGUUGAGCUUUGUACCGAUGGGGAAAUUGCACUGUGUUCUAAGCCCCAUCACCCAGAUAAAGAUUUACAGAGAGUACGUAAUAGCCGCCGCCGAGGAUGGGGAUAUCUACAUGUUCCACCUGGUCAGUCACAAGCUGGAACGGAAGAUCACCAAGCACAGCGAGGCCAUUACGAAUAUGUGCAUCAGCGAAAAGGAUUCUUUUCUGUACACGACAUCGCUCGAUGGAUUUUUUAAGAAGUCAUCUCUGCAGAAUCUGGAACGCGUUAUAGAAACGGUGUACUUCAAGGAGCCCCUGCAAUCGAUUGACAUCGCCUGGGGAUUGGCUUUUAUUGGCAGCCGAUGGGGAAUUAUAUCUACCUUCAAUGUGCUGACGAACAAGGUAAUGGAUAAGCCUUUGGUUUCAACAGGCCAAUCCAUUAUUGCCAUUAAAGCCACCAAGGAAGGUGUACGAAAGAUCCUUGUUCUCGGAUGCAAGGGAAACUUUGUCCAAAUGCACGAUGCUGGCACCGGCUUGCUGCUGCGUCGCGUUUGCAUUCCAGAAGGUCUGAAUGUCUACAGUAUGCUCCUGAACGAUGGACACAUUUACUGUGGUACACAGAGGAACGAGAUCUAUCAGUUGGAGUUUAACACUGGAAACUUGGUCAAAAAGUUAAGCUGCGGCAAUGGUGCUGUGUCCAUUGUGACCUACAGAGAGCGUUAUUUGCUAGUCGGCUGCUACGAUGGCUUCAUUUAUGUCCUGGACAAGGUAGCUGGAACCAAAUUGGGUCGAUUCGAGGGCGCUGGCCGUUUGGUCUUAGCCCUGGCAGUUGCAGGCGAUAAAAUCGUCACAUCUUCGAAGGAUAACUCGCUGGAGAUUCUAACCGUGCCCGCAGCCUUGCUAAAUGGCCAUUGAAACGAGGCCUGUUAAUAUUUUUAUAAAUCAUUUUUAAUUUAAUAAUUUUUUACACACACACUUGUUUGUAUAAUACAAUUCAAUGAACUUAGUCUUUGAUCGCGGAUUAA